AUGUCGAAGCCUCCGUUGUUGUAUGCAAAGCUCCCUCAAUUUAAAUAUCAAACAUUCGACCUUGAAACUCUCAAGUUCUCAGACGUGCCAGUCAUUCCUAUUUAUGAGAAUGUUGGAACAGUCGGCGAUGAUAAGGUCAAUGCUGACAUUGAGUCGAACAAGGAUAAGGGUCCAGAUGAUCCAUCAGUGACUGACCCGAGUGAACCUGUACCCGAACCCUCGAAUGAUGUUGCAGAGGAGGAGGGGGAAGUGAAAGAAGAGGUGGAGAAACCAGAAGAGGAAGCGAGUGAGGAGACAUUCAGUCAAGAUGGAACGGAGGGAAAAAAUGAGGAGCCUUCAACCGAGGAUGGGGAAGGUUGCAAACAAGAUCAAAUUGAACAGGGGGAGACGGAAAUGGAGGUAGUCGCGAGUGAGGAUGCCACUCCUCCAGCAGAUGACGUUCCAGAAAAUGUCGAGCCCGAAGUGUCUGAACCCGGAGAGAGUCAGGAACCAGAUCCUCUGACCGAAACGCCUCCAGAUAACCUGGAGGCUUGUGACAAUGAAGGUGAUAUAAACUUCGAUUCUGUAGGAAGUGCAAUGCUGACCAGCGUGCAAGAGCUACGAUUCCCAGAUGUUGACCCCGAAGCCGAGGUUGCCCGGGUGAAAGCAGAGAAGGAGGCUGAGGCGGAGCUGUAUCACGAUGGCGAUUACGAUGAUGAGAACAUCGCAUUGAGCCACUGUCCUGACAACACAAGCGAGCCUGUAAAUGAAAUCUACAAAGAGGAUGAAACAAUUGCCAAUGAGCCUGAUUCACCUGACGCGGAGCCAUCCAAGUUGGAUGAUUACGUCCAAGCCGAUGAAAAGGAUGCUGAAGCUCUUGAAGGGGAAAGUCCCACUGAAGUUGUAUCUCCAGAGCCAGAGGCACAAGAUAAACUUGAAGAAUAUCCUGCGGAAGAGCUUGUGGAAGAGCAAGUUGUGGAAGAGCAAGCUGCGGAGGAACUGUCUCCUGCAGAACCACCUACAGAAACGCUGCCCGAAGAAUCUCCUACUGAAGAGCUAGCCGAAGAUCAGCCAUUUGAAGACACCCCAGCAGAGGAACCAACUGCUAACGAUCCCGUGGAUGUUCCGGCUUCCGUAGAAGAACCUAAGGAUGAUGGUCAUGGCGAUGAAGAACCUACACUUUCAGAAGAAACGCCAACCGAACGUGCACCAGCCGAGACAACAUGUCUUGCGGAAGAAGAGUCAACCGGGGAUCCGAUUACAGAAGAACUAGCGGUGGAAGAUAUAACAGAAGAAAAUCCUGUCCUCGAAGAACCAGCUCCGGAGGAUCCCCCUGAAGACGUUCCUGUUGUUGAUCCGCCUGCCGAAGAGCCCUCCGUCGAAGGGGCCGACGCUGAAGAUCCCCCUCAUGAGGACCCUGCCCCUGAAGAACCGAUUCUAGAAAAUCGACCUACACAAGAAUUAAUUGUGGAGGAGCCAGUUGCGGAAGAGGCCGCACAAGUGGAAGAUACUCUAGUCCCAGACGCCUCGCCAGAGCAGCCAAUGCCAGAGUUAAAUGUUAGUGAAGAGUCUCCUCUCCCGGAAACAUCUGUCCCUGAUCAAAUUCCGGUUGAGGACAUUCCACCAGAUCAGCCGACUGCUGAUAGAUCAAUUGAUGAAAUUGGCAAUGAUAACGUUCAUGAAAAUGUCAUAAUCGAUUCUCCAGCAGGAGAAUCAGCUGAGGGCGCUGCAUCAUUGAAAACAAGACGGAGAAAACGACGGCAUCGCUCGCAAUGGGAGCAUGGGAGGCGAGAGUCCAAGAGCUCUUCUGACAGUUAUGCUCUUCACCGUCAAGAACGCGAACGAGCUGCUUUUGCAAAUCCAAAGUGGGAAGUACUUGGCGAAGUGAAGAAACAGAGAUCACCAAGGAGAAGUUCCGACGAGGAAAGAGCUGAACGUCACAGAAGGGCCAAUCGCAAACAUAGUGAAGGACGAGCUAGGAGGGACAGCGCGGCAAAGGAUUCGUUUGAUACAAGUCGCCAUUCAGGUUCUUCUCAAAGUAGAAGGGAAUCUACCUCGUUUAGCUUGUCAACCAUAACCUCCAAACCAGUCGCGCUACUGAAGCUUAUGGCCAGUGGAGAGUCCGAAACCAACGGGCCCUUACUCAAGCUUAAUGUAACCGAACAAUACGAGAGAAGGCUAUCUACUUCCCGUCCAUCAGAUUCUUCAAGCAGCUCCAGACCCCAUUCCAAUUCUCGUCACAAACAUCGGCAUCAUGGCGAGAAGGAGCCAAGAAGUCGCGAGAAUACCUCGCCAAGGGACUCGCUGGAUGACGCCGACGCAGGGAGGCGCCGACGGGAACAUCGGAGAUCGAGAAGGGCUGAGGAUCUAGAGGAAGAAAAACCCCAGAGAAGGGAUAGCCAUUACGAAGGACGAAGACGGGAGCGACGCGACUCUGACAGAUAUCGGGACAACGGUCCUCUGGACAAAUUGAAGGAUAGAUUCAUGGUAAACCUAAGGACUGUCCUUGCCGCUGCUGGAUAACAUGACUUUUGUUUUGUCGCGUUCUGCUUACUUCUGUUAUCAAACUAUAUCCCACAAUCUUCGUCCCAUUCUUGGCAUUUUCAAUUCUGACUUCUAUGUUAUUUUAUAUUAUUUAUUCUUAUAUCACCACAUUCCAGUUACCCCUUUUAUAACCAUUGCCUCUUUCUCCUCCUGUCCCUCUCUCCCUCUUACCCUUCCGUUCCGGGGUGACAUUUUUAAGUUCCUCCUAAAAAGUCGCCAUAUGUGCUGCUGUGCUGCUGAGCACAGAUCCAUGAAACCGGAAAAAAUUGAGUUCUCGUGAUUGAAUAUGAGCUGGCCGCAAAUGUAUCAAUAGUAUUAAUAACUUUGUUAAUCAUCUAUAUAUUCUAUUCUCACGG